GAUGUGUGACGUCUGUGUGCGGUGUCUGUGUGUGACACGUGUGACGUGUGGGUGACUGUGAACAGCAGUGAAAGGCUCCAGAGGGAUGGUUCAGAAAGGAGGGUCCCAGCCAGACGUGCAGAGGCCGGGAUACGGCCACGUCACAUGGCUGCUGGUGUGCAAGGAGUCCGGCAUGUUUUAGGCCUGGCGCCUGAGCCAUCAGAAGCAGGCAGGGAUCUGUUUGGGAUUUGAAAUGAUGGUGAGGGAUGUGUAAGCAAGGAGCCGAGGAUCAGCUUCUCAAUGGUACAGAACAGAGCCACAAGUGUUUUGUCGAUAACCUUUUUGAAGAAGCUCGGAAGGUAGGAGCUAUAUGCAUGCCGCCGGCCAAAGUGAACAAUCAGGCUGACAUCAUUAUUAAGCUAUGGAAAAAUGGAUUCACAGUAAAUGAUGGUGAUCUCAGGAGCUACACAGAUGUGGCAAAUCAGCAGUUCUUAGAUUCAAUUAAAAAAGGGGAGUUGCCUUUUGAGUUGCAAAAAAAUUUUGAUGAGGAAGAAGUGGAUGUGAAGGUAGAAGAUAAGAAAGAUGAGGUGUAUAUGUCAAGGAAGCCAGUAUUUCACCCAUUUUCUGGACAUGGUUACCGAUUGGGAAGUGCUACUCCAAGAAUAAUUUCUAAAGGAAGAAAUGAUCAUGGAGAUAUUGAGAAAAGAGCUCUUCCAUCAGUACCGCUAAGUGAUUCAGAGCCCAUCACAAAUGUCCAGAUCUGGUUAGCAGACGGGGAAAGGAUAGUACAAAAAUUUAAUGUUUCUCACAGAAUAAGCCAUGUCAGAGACUUCAUCAUGCAGUAUCAAGGAGUGGAGGGAAGCGUUCCAUUCACCUUAACCACAUCUCUACCUUUCUUAGAGCUAAAGGAUGAAACCCUCACUUUGGAAGAAGCUAACUUGCAAAACGCUGUUAUUGUUCAGAGACGUCAGAAAACAACGGAGCCUUUCCAAAGUUUCUCAUAGUCUUGGCAAAUAGCACACCUAGAGUACAACUGUAAAACUGCUGCUGCUGCUACUAAUGGACAAAUCAAGAGUGGGCAAAAAUGCAAUCGAAGUUUUAGCGGAACAAAAUUUUAGCUUUUAACAUGCCUAAUGGUUGCAUAUAAAAUGAACUUGAUGAAACCAAAAAGCCUAAACAGCAACAUCUGGAUGCACUGUACCUUCCCCACAGAUCUGUGCUGAAUAAUACUAAUGCUAUGCUGUAGUUUCUUAUAAUGAGGUAUUUUCUAACCAUUGCAGCGUUUGGAGCCUGCCUGUAAUAUAGCAGAAGUAACCUGAUAAAUUGGGGUCCUACAUGCAAAUUCUUUUUAGCUAAAAAGUUCUGGCCUUUCCAAAGGAAUGCUUAAGUUAAACUUCAUUCUAGAAGAUUCUCUAUUAACAGCACCUUGAGUGAAGAACUUUUUAAUUAACUUAUUUUUGCACUUCAGUUUGGGCAGUGAAACUAAACCAGUUGGGUUUGGCUCGUGUUUCUGUUGUUGCCAGUCUCAGGAGUUGUUCUUGCAAUAAUGGAUACAGGCCCUUCAGGGAGAUCUGAUUUUACUGUUUUCACUCAUUUCAUAAAGCUGAAUUCUGUGUGUGGCGGUGGUGUUUUUUUAACAGAACCUACAUUUUGAUAUUCUCCUAAGUCUGUAUUUGUGAAUAUGAGACAGUCUAGGCAGAAAUGAUUUGGUCUGUUGAAUUUGGAACAAGAGGUGAUUUAAUGUAAGCUCCUGAUGUAGCAGUUGCUAAUGGCUCCAGUGGCUGAUCUCUCAUGUGUGAUCCCAUGUCACGGUGAUGGUAGGUUACAUAAGGUUUGUGCUACAAGUGUUAUGAGAAGGGAAAUCCACUUAACACUAUGAGACACAUGUAUGACACCAGUUGUUCUCACAUAAGAAAUGUAUCAUGAAAAUAAAACAUGUCUGUCUUCCAGAAUUGCCAGCUGAGGCUGGCAUUAAUUCACACAUACACAUCUCCCCAAAACACUUCAAAAUCCUUAUUCAAAGUGUCAGGAAGCUUUCCUUUUCUCUGUUCACAUAGUCUCUUAAUAUUUAUCCCAAAUUGUUCUAUUUUACAAUUAAUAAAAUUAUCCCCAUUAGUUUUGAAUUCAGAUAUGCAAACUUAACUGUAGCUGCUGUUCUGUAUUUUAAUUCUGAGACAUGAAUGUCAGCACAGUGGAUUCUCAGUACACUUUUGCUAUAUAGUUGGCUUGAAAACUAGAUAGCCUGUUGGUUUCUGAAUGAAGCUAAUAGGCUGAUGUUUGUUGAGGAACAUUUGAAGGAUAAAAGGUUUAUGUUGCAUAUGCGAAGGGAAAAGUGUUAUAUGUUUCAAUAACUUCCUUCCUAUGGUUGAGAGAGAGGGUUGGUUGGUUGUUUGGGGGUUUGGGUUUUGGAAACACAAGUGACUGUCAGAACAACCUUCAUUCUACAUAAAUCCAACUUUUUCUUCAAUCCUAGAUAAUGUUGUCAUUUUCUUACAUCUGAUCUGACAUGCAUGUGAUGCUACGAAGAAUAUACGAACAAUAACUUUGAAAUGUAGCUGCCAAGUACCCAUUGCAUGCUGGGCCAGGUAUUCUUUUAAAAAUGUAGUUUACAUCACUUACACACUUACUACAUGUACUUCAUUCAUCUUAAGCAACAAAGAAUACAACUUUUACUUACUGUGGGUGAACUUCAUGUUGGCAUUCAAACACUACCAUCUUUCAACAGAUUUUGAAUACAAAACUUCCUGAUUAUCUUCCAGAACUAGAAAACAAUGAGCAGCUAAUCCAUGUGAACACCAUCAAACAAACGCCUAACAGAAGUCGUUCUGACAGUGUCGUAGUGAAUAUAGUAGCCUCCCCAAAAGCUACACCUAACUUGCUUUGUAGAUCUUACCAUAAAGCAGUGGAUUCUGUAAUUCACUGUAUUUUGGUCUCUCUACUCCAAUAUAUAGUUGUAGGGUAUCGGUAAAUGCACGUAUUUGAUCAUAAGGCUAGUGAUCUAGUAUAUGGAAUGUGCAUGAAACCUAAAUAGCAAUAUACCUGUUUAAUUUGCAUGUGCAUAUGAAGUGUAGACAAUUAGUAAAGAGUUAGGGAAAUACCCAAACUUAAUGAAUUAUACAAAAUUGGCUUUAAUGUAGACAAUGCAACUCUACAAAAAUAUGCCUUUAGUUGUAAGGAAUUGUGUGUCUUAUUAUAUUGAAAAAUGUUUUCAUUUUUCUGAUAUUUUAAGAGACUGGAUAACUCCAUGAUUUCUGUUUGAUUUUUGGGUUUAAAUUGUGAUGGAUUAUAAUCCUGUGUUUUCGUCAAACCAUAGACUAUUAUGACUGCAGUUGCAGAGGGGGGGGAAAAGGAGAAAA